AUGCAUCGAACGUGCGUAGCUGUACUUUUGCUGGGACUUUUCCUGUUCGCUACCAUCGUGCGAGGAAGUUCCUACAGCAAUGGUGUAUCGACAUCCAAGCAAAGCUAUUUCUUCGGUGCCAAAGAUGUGACGGAUAUUCUAUGCUUUUCCAAGACGCUAGUGAAGGGCUCAAACUUGCCACAGGAUGUCUCCUUCACAAACCCUACAGCGGGUAAGAAUAUAAAAUUCGUUACUUUCGCCGCCGAUCGAUACUCUUCAAAAGGAUUUACAGCGGACAUCUCUUCUGGAGCCGUCGGAACGACGUCCAUCACCAUUCGAUUAAACGGGAAGUCUAUUUUACCGUACGCUAUCGAAGCAAAGUUCUACUGUGUAAAGUAA